ACGUACAAUAAAGUGCAUACCCAUAACCAGGGAUAAGUUCGCUGAAAGACCCUAGAGGGAAGUACAAUUUCAACUGCAUUCAGUUGGGUUGAUAUAGUUAUGGCACUCCUCUUAUCAAAACAAAUUUACUAUAGCAGCUGUCUCUAAUUUGUGCAUUGGAUUUGGAGCAGUAGCCUACAAAGGUUUAGCAGUUACAGCUCAAGAUUGCCUUUUCUUAAUUUGCUGUUGGUCAUAAGUGUUCACUGUAACAAUGUUCCUGAUGGUGUCCAGGUGGAGUGUCGUGAUCGAUACCUCUGGGUGUCCAUAGAAAAGCCACUUGCUGACCGUAUUUUCCAAAUUGAAGCUUUGGAUGAUACUGGUGUGUACCCAAUCAUGGAGAAGUAUGCAUCAGAGUGUGGCUACACGCAUACCUAUGAUGAUGCAAGUGGAAACGCAAUCCUCAGGGCAUCCUACCUGUCCUGCCACACUGACAAUCCAACUGAUGAGGUCUUUGUCUUCAAUUUCAACUUGAUCACCAGUGACCAAGGCGCAGUCUCUGUCCCUUUGUCAAAAACCUGUACACUGUCACUGCCCUGGUCAAACCGGGAGGUCAUCUGUGAACAUAAAUAUAUGGAGGUCUCUGUUAGAAAUGUGCACUGUGCCUCCAAUGGAGAAACCUCUAACUCUUCUACCUCUUCUGUUGCUCAUGAGUCUGCCACAAAUGGCUUCAAGGUUCUGUUUCUGAAAGGGGGUGAGGAAGUUGCCUCCCUGUCAAUUGGUGAUGCACGGAUGCUUGGUUAUGUCAUUGAUGCCACCGCGGAAAGGAUUGUCUUUCGUGCAGCCUACGGCCAGCCCCACUCGGAAAUAAAAAAGAUUAAUGGGAUUCCUGUUGAGGUGGCACAUGCAACGGUGUUCUUCCGCCGGAGUUGGACGGUGGUGAUGAUAGACUUAACAGGAGCUUGUACCUCAAAUUUGGGUUCUUUUGAUGGUGAAAAAUUGCUGUGGAAGACUCCCAUGGUUAUGACCCCGCUGCUGUACGACCACUCUGGAUUUGUGAGUGAGCACAUCCGUUUUGGUGUGAAAGGCCAGCUCCUGGAUGAUUCCACAAUUCGUGAUUGGGGUUACAUGCUGGAUAUUAGUGGGGACUCUGUGUGGAUUGGUGUCCCGUAUUCUGCAAAUGGAGGGCACCGAUGGAGCUUUGUGGAAGACAACACCUACUCUGAGUACUAUUGGGUAUCCCUGUAUUAUGAGCAUGUGUUUAUGGAUGGUAGUGGCCAUCUCACCAGAUUCCGCCAGGUAAAGAAACUUACCAGUCCCCUGCUGCUUCAAGUCCCCUUCACAAUUGACCAGACCAUCCUUGAAGAACACUACUUCACUGUGUAUCUGGGCAAUUUCCCUUAUGAUGUGGAGCUCUUUGAUGUGGUCCUCAAUGGAGAGCCUUUCAGUGUGCCUGAGGCAAUUCAAAGUGGCUAUCCAAUCGCAAGGGUCCCUCACUCUAAUGGAACUCAUGCAUAUGUCCUCAGGGUUCCUUUUGAGGAUCCUGUUGUACCUAAAAUGUACUUCAGUGAGGGGAUCCUCCAGUAUUCUUUGAACAUAAACUACACUCUAAACAUCAUUCCUCAUGACCCUUACUACCAUUCAGCUUCUGUAAUUGCUCAGAUCAAGGAUGUGUUCCCUCCUGAUUUCAAUGGGGUCUGCACAGAGACCGGCAUAAUCUUCAAGAUGGACCACCAAAAAUUGGGUUACCUGUGGGAGAUUGGCAUUGGGCAUUAUCCCCUCACCACUGAGUUGGCAGCACAUCGUGGCUACCUUCUGCACAAUGAUAGCCGGAGAUUGACUCUAGAGGUGCCAGUCUUUACACUUGGUUAUAUCUAUGAGGACAUUAACCUGAAGCAGUUUUUUGGCACAUUUGAAAUUCUGUCAAGGGAUGCAAAGACACUGGAAAUACAAAAAUCUGCAGCCAAGCGUUGCCUCUUCAGAACUGAUGAGCUAAUAGUUUGUUCACCAGAUGGUGUCAUGACUGUGGUAGCCAAUGUGACUGCCCCACUACCGGAAGCUGAGCCAAGCAGAGCCACUCUUCUGGAUGCUGGCUGCAAGCCUGACGACUUUGAUGAAUCUAGGGUUCUCUUUGCCUUUAGAGUGAACGCAUGCGGGACCAGGGUGAUGGUUGAUGAUUCCUACAUUACCUAUGAGAAUGAGAUUUUGGUAAAUCGAGGACUUUUUCCAGAGGGGGCACCAGUCAUCACCAGGGAUGCCGAUUUCAGGCUGACUGUACAAUGCUACUAUCCAGUCCAUGAUUUCAAUCAACUGUUUGUGGACAGGAAGUUCAAGUCUGAGACUCCUGGUUUUGGCUCCAUCAAUCAGGCUUCAGACUUAACCGUGAAACAUAUGCCCAAACAAACUACUCCUCCAAAUGUGCCAAAACAAACCACCCCUCAUGUGCCCAAACAAAAGACCCCCCCUACAGUUGCGACAGCUACAACCAAAUUGGGACCGGUUCAGUAUGUUCGGGUCACUUUGGGUUGAAGGACCUGCUUCUGAGGUAUUGUAAAGAAGUCUGACCUGGAUACAAAAUAAAUAUUUUUGUUAAUUGUU